UUUUGAGACGGAUCAUUUGCCGCCCUCUCCUUUUCCCGCCCUCCUUUUCCCGCCCUCCUUUUCCCGCCCUCCUUUUCCCGCCCUCCUUAUCGCGCCCUCUCUCCUUUCGCCGUCCUCCGCAAAUGGCGCCGGAACUUCCGCCGCCGAAGUCGGAGUACGAAGCUGCACGGAAGCAGCGGAUCCAGGAGAACCAGAAACGCAUGGCGGAGCUGGGCAUACUGGAGGCGUCAAGAGACCUGUCCUCGUCGCAAGAGAGCAAAGCCAUGGCCCCGCGCAGCGAAGCAAGGAAAGUGCCGCGGCAACGAGAGUUGCUGCUGCCGCAGCGCAAGUCAGCUCGCAUGGCGGCCAAGGGCACGAAGCCGAGAUACAUUGAGGUCGAAUUCAAGGCUCCUGCUCGCUCAAGGGGAGUGAGACGUGUGAGUCGCGAGGCUGAGUACCGCCCCCGAGUGGCGGUCUCACCUGAGGCAGAGGAACGGGCUCUGAGGGCUGCAGGCCUGCUGGCCGAAGCACUGGCGCGGGGAUGGCUGUCACCUGCACAGCACGAGAAGGAGAGGGGGAGAGAGGGGGAGGGAAGAGAGGGAAAGGGGAAAGGGCAGCCUUCAGCGAUGGUGAAAGCAAUGGUGCGGUCUCACGUGCACGGCUGCUUCUGGCUGGUCAGGUCGGGUACCCGCGACCCGACCAGUAAACGGGCAGUAGGGGGCGCAAGAUUCUCUCAGCCAAGGCAAGUGGCCUCUCCCGAGGCACAGGAGAGGGCUUUAAGGGCAGCGGACGGUCUGAUGGAGGCUCUGCACUGCCCCUGCAUGUGCAAGCACAUCCAACCGUCACAAAUGUCUGGCGGUUUCUGGCUGGGACUGAACAAAGGCUUCUGCACGGCGCAUCUCCCUCGCAGCAUCGCCACCCUCACACUCAAAGUCGACCACCCACAAGGCACCACGGAUACCAAGGACACCACAGACCGGAAACGGCCAAGGAGACAAAAGCACGAGACGCAAGAGGAGGGUUUGCAGAGGGAUUUGCAGGAGUUACUAGGGGAGAGGAGAGCGGUGAUGGGGGGGGUGUAUGCAGUGGGGGAGGGGGAGUGGAGGGCCCAGUACCUGCCGCAUAAGUCAGGGCUGAGUGGGGGUUGGAGGGGCUUCGCGUUGGACCAGGAGCUGGAUGCUGGUGAUGCCGUGGUGUUCGAGAAAGUCAGCAGCGAUACACUCAAGGUUCACAUCUUCAGAGCGGCAGACUACGAGGAGGAUGCGGGAGAGAGUGACAGUGAGCCUGAGGAGGUCUUGCCGGCAACCACCAAGAGGAAAACAAAGGCUUGAAGCGGCCAAGGCUUGAAGGAACCUAACAGCUUAUGGUGCUAGUACGGUAUUUCAUUACAGAGUGGCUUGGCCUCAGCGUUGUGUGCGUGCGUGCAUGCAGAUAUGUGUGGCCUUAGCCGUGUACAAGGGUCUAGUUAGUCAUGUCCAAAACAGGGCUUAUAUUUGGUUUUUCACCACUCUGAUUUUCACGAGUGACUCCUGUGUCAAACAUUUGUAUCUCUAAUGUUUGUAUAGACUGUAUAGGGUCACCUCUUAGAGAGUACAACCCUUAGAUAUAUAUCCUUGUACCCAGGUUCUCUAGUUCAUUCAUUAUUCAGUU